GGCGAGCAAGUAGGGAGAGAUCUGUUUAUAGACGGACUCCGCAGCAGGACGAUAAGGGCAAAACUGCGAAAAUAGUUCUCCCCCAUCAAUCACACGCUGCAACAGAUUAUGACAACUGCAGAGGAGAAGGAACGGAAGUUCGCGGCGAGUUUCUUAGAAGGAGAAGACUAUCCUAAGGAAGGAGACUCGUUCGAGUUUUCGAGGGCAAGGGAUGAGCUGGCUGCGUUGCAAAACAAGUUUGAAAACAUGGGGUUUGUAUCAGGACCUGUUACCUACAUGGAACAGAUACCCCCCAAACGACCAGCACCUAGUGUGAUUGCGGGCAUGCCCGCCCUCGUGAUACCAGCACCUGUAAUGACGGCACCCCCACCGCCAAUCGAGAAUCCCGUGCGAUCGAAUGAAUCAACCGCCAUAUUUGAACUGACCAAAACGCUAACUAGUCUGAUCCAAAAAAACAAAAAGAAACAACGGGAGCAUAAUGCUAGGUUGGAAGCUAUGAUGAGGAAUAUGCGACCCAUCGCGGUACGAGCCGCCCCAAUCCAACAAGGAUUGACCUCGAUACCUGUUCUCGGGGGAGCCGCGAGAAAUCUGAACGUCUGUUAUGCUUGCCAUCAACCAGGGCAUCUGGCCCGUGAUUGCCCCCACCGGCCCCCGCAACAACGGGUCGGGGUCGCACCCAUAGCGGCAACCCCUAUCACUAACGGACCUGGACGGGUAGGAGCCCUGAUGGAGGAAAUGGAAGGUGGAGGAAGCACGUUAGCUACCGCAAAAGAAGCUGUUGAGUUCAUCCCGUUGGACCAAUAUGUGUCGCUUGGGUAUUCGGGACUUGGAAUGAUUGGAACGAUCAGACCAGAGCCGGAACAGAAAGAAGUGGCGGAGUGGCGACCUUCUCCAAGAGAGAUGAAGUCGGGAGGACCCACCUUCGUCACUGGGAAAAUUGAUGUGUUGAACAUCGUCCGAGCUUUGGACCAUCGGAUUCCACUUCCGAUUGGCCAUCUGCUCUCGAUCUCUGAACAGGCUAAUGAGCGGAUGUUACAACAAUGUAAAGCGAAUCGAAAACGAUUCGCCCUCGCUCGAACAACGAACGCGAAAGCUAAAAGCCCCACGCCAGACGAAAAUACGGUUGGUACUUCGAAUCCCAUACGGGUAGGGUUAAUACAGAAAGACGAUCAUUUCCUGCGGAUUAAGCCCAUCCCGUGGAAAUUUGCGGAAUGUGACAUCGAAAUAUGGGGAAUUUCGUACAACGUGAUCAUUGAUUCAGGAGCUGCCGUUCUGGCUAUUUCACUGCGAGUAGUUGAGAGGGAAGGAAGGAGAAACAAUCAGAUUAUGCUUACGGAAAAGGAUCAGCUCGUUUCGGCAGACGAAGAAAAGAUUAAAACGGUGGGAAGAAUGACCAAUGUCGCUUUUCGAUUACGAAAGGUGCAUGCGCUGGGAGACGUCGUGGUAUUAGACGUAAAUACCUAUGACGUUUUUUUCGGCCUUCCCUCUCUUGUAGCAUUGCGAGCGAACUUGGAUUUCGAGCAACGGUCAAUCAUCCUCCGAAAUAUGGGAGGAAAGCCCUAUGCUGUACCUAUGAGACUAACUCUUCGUACUACCAUCAACGCAGUCCCGCGAGUUUCGCCAAUGAUAGCGGAGACUCUUCGUAUGAUCACCUGGGAAGACUCUGCAGAUGAUGAGUCAUCAUCAAAGGAUGCGGAUAUCAGCGACAAAAAUGAUCCGGAAAUUCUGAAGCUAGCACGACAGCGCAUUUAUUACCCGCCGCCCAGAACGAUCGCAAGGACGAUGCAUCUAACCAGUCGGAAUAUCCAAAGGACCAAAGCGAUGAUUUUGGGUGAACCCCUCUCCGCGCGGGCCCCCACUCUCUCCUAUCGUGUCAAGGAGACCAGCGCGCCUCUAUUGAGCGAAGAAAAGUGGGACGCGUGGUGGGAAGACUACACUGAACUCGUCUUUUGCUUGUUGGAGAAAGAGUUCCGCAGGUCAGAAUCGGCCCCAUUCGAAGAAGGGCCAGAGCACCCAGAAGACAGUGUGGAGCUCCUAAUCAUCCAGGCCUGGGGGACGGCAGAGGAGGGCGAUCUGCUGGGGAUCGUAUUUGGAAAGGUGGAGGAAGGAGGUCUCGUCUUGAUCACGAGCGAGCUGUUGGUGUUCUUGACCCAGCUGGUGGAUGAUCUGCACCUAGACAUCUUGGCUCGGUGCGACGAGCAGCCCGACACCGACGUGUUGACUCGGACGCUCGAACCGCACUUAGUGUGGUCCACGUGUACGGAGAUUGACGAGGACAACUGUCUCUAUCCCUCCUAGGCGCUCUAUUCGGAGAUUGACGUCAUUGAUCUCACGUUCUGGGACCCAAUCGCGGGGAGAAACGCUGUCGAGCGCAUCGGUCGCGC